AUGAGUAACAAACUCAAAGGCCUGACCUUCGAGGCCAACGAGCCCGCCUUCUUGCGCCGUCUUCGCGGUGAAGCCACCUCCGGGCGGGACGCCUCCCGUCACGAACGCCCCGUUGCCCGUCCGAAACGCGCCAAAGGCGAUGACGAUGACGAUGCGCCGACCUACGUGCUCGAAGACGGGAAUGAAUCACUUUCAAAGGCGGAAUAUGAGGCGCUGAUUGCUGGGAAAGACGCUGACCAAGGACCGGGCGUGGAGGAUGCUGAGAAAGAGGAGGCGUCGACGCAGCAAUCUAAGCACCAAUUGACUGUAGUCGGUGCUGUCUCAAAGAAGAGGAAAGCAGUCAAGGUUGUGCAGGCGAGUGAUGGGGAAGAAGAUGCAGACGUGAAGCCGAAAAAAGCAGUCAAAAAGCCGAAGAAGUCCAAAGCAGUCAAACUGUCUUUUGGGGACGACGAGGGAUGA